AUCACCGUGGUUUCCAGACUCUGCCCUCUGAAGCGGUUUCUUCAUAGUGGGAUAAUACAACGUGUUAGCAGGAGUGAAGUGGUACUGUUGGCAGUUGCCAUGACUCUGACAGGAGAUGUGUGUGUUGUGACGGGAGCAUGCGGGUUUCUGGGAAAAAGGUUGGUCAGACUGUUGCUGGAAGAGGAAAAGCUUGCUGAGAUCCGACUGCUGGAUAGAAACAUCCAGUCUGAGCUAAUACAGUCUUUUGAUGAUUGCAAGGGAAAGACCAAAGUGAGUGUAUUUGAGGGGGAUAUCAGGGACCAUGAGCUACUGAGAAGAGCCUGUAAAGGAACAGCACUUGUUUUCCACACUGCAUCACUUAUUGAUGUCAUAGGAGCAACUGAAUACAGUGAAUUAUAUGGAGUAAAUGUUAAAGGAACACAGCUGCUGCUUGAGACCUGCAUCCAAGAAAAUGUGGCCUCCUUCAUUUACACUAGCAGCAUUGAGGUGGCAGGUCCGAAUCCCCGCGGUGAUCCAAUCAUUAAUGGCAAUGAGGACACACCUUACUCUUUCAGUCUUAAGUUUAGCUAUAGCAAAACCAAGCAGGAAGCUGAACAGAUUUGCCUUCAGGCCAAUGGAGAGCUGCUCCGUAAUGGAGGUCAGCUGGCUACUUGUGCCUUGAGGCCCAUGUACAUCUAUGGACCAGGCUGUCGAUUUACUUUAGGCCACAUGAGGGAUGGAAUCCGCAAUGGAAAUGUGCUGCUGAGAAUGUCACGACGUGAGGCAAAAGUGAAUCCUGUAUAUGUAGGAAACGCAGCCCUGGCACAUCUACAAGCAGGUCGGGCUCUGAAAGAUUCUCAGAAAAGGGCUGUGAUUGGUGGAAACUUCUAUUACAUCUCAGACGACACGCCACCUGUUAGCUACUCAGACUUUAACUAUGCUGUUCUUUCACCAUUAGGCUUUGGGAUACAAGAGAGGCCCAUUCUGCCCUUCCCACUUCUGUAUCUCCUGUCAUUCCUCAUGGAAUUACUGCGCGUUGUGCUCCGACCUUUCUUGAAGUUCACUCCUCCCUUAAACAGGCAGCUACUCACCAUGUUAAACACACACUUUACUUUUUCAUAUCAAAAGGCUCAUAGGGAUUUUGGAUACAGCCCUCGGCAUGACUGGGAAGAGGCACGUAAGUGCACUAGCGGUUGGUUAGCAUCUGUCUUAACUGCAGAGAAACAACGAAAUUAACUUGAUAUAAAUUAAAAUCACGUUUAUCAAUACUGUGCUACCUGUAUUUUUAAGCAGUCAUGUUCUGCCUGAUGUUUUACAGUAAACUUUCCUUAUAAUUAGAUCCACAGUAGUCAAAAAAAUUAAAUAGCUGUCUAAUGUUUUGAAUAAUGCAUGAUUGACAGUAAAAUAAAUAAAUAAAU